AUGAAAACCCUCAAGCUGAUGGGAGAGAUGGUCCUCCUCAUCUCUAUGUUUUUGGCCUGUACUGUACAAAAUCAAGUUAAUGUGCUGUGUUCCCCUGACUGGUUCAUGGUCUCUGUACACCCUUAUGUGUUGAUUGCCAAAGUAUAUGUAUACUUUCACGAGUUACAUCUGGGCCUGGGUUGCCCUCCCAACCAUGUGCGACCACAUAUUUAUGAGUUCACCUACCGUGUUACUGAAUGUGGCAUCAGGGCCGAAGCCAUCUCUGAGAAUGAGGUUAUGUACAGCUCUGAGCUCUACUAUGCUUCUAAGGGCACAAAAUCUACGUAUAUGAUCCCUGUGUCAUGCAUUACCAGCAAACAGUCCCCAUGGCUCACUUCACCCUGCCCCAUGCCAUGGACUGAAGAUAGCACUGUAACCCAGAAUGACGAGACAGACCAUGAAGUGUUUACCUUGACACAGUGCACUGAAAGGCCCAACUGUGAUUGUCCUCCUUAUGUCCUCAAUGAAGAAGAGCAUGCCCAGGCCCCACAGUACCAAGCAGAGGCUCAGGGGGCCUAUUUUGUGCAGUCACCUUACUUUGUUGAUCUUUGUGAGGAUUGGUCUCUUCGCUCUGAUGAUCUUAUUGGGUCCAUGUGAUCCUCUGAUUUAGGGUCUGUAGACCUAAAUUGGUUUCUAGAGUUAACGUACGUGUUUUAGUCAUAUCAGACUAGUAAGUUCUCUUGUGGUUCUCUAAUGUGUGCUUUUGCGA